AUGGCUCACACGCCACAAAAAGUCGAUGACGCUACUACCCCAGAUUCCGAGAACAAGGUCAGGGACACUCGCGACCAUGUCAACGAAAAGCAAGAUGAUGCCAGCGACGGCAGCUCGAAAGAUGGUGAGGAGAAGGAGCCUUCUGGCGGCAUUGGGCACUAUGUCAGAAUCUUUCGUUACGCCGAUGCCCUGUCCAAGACCCUCUUUGUUGUCGCCAUCGUCGGUUCGAUAGCCUCAGGCGCAGCCUUGCCAUUGAUGUCCCUCAUCUUUGGCCAAUUUACCAACCAGUUUAGCGACUUCUCGAUCGGACAAGCGAACCGCGAAAACUUCCAAAACUCGGUCGACGACCUAGUUCUGUGGUUCGUGUACCUCUUCAUCGCUCGGUUUGUCAUCGUCUAUGCUGCCAACGUCGCCAUCAGCACCGCUGCCAUACGAACAACUGCGGCUAUCAGAAGGGCCUUUCUGGAGGCUACCCUACGGCAAGAAGUGUGGCAUUUUGACAAAGCGUCCAAUGGCUCCGCAGCUACCCAGGUCACCACCAACGGCAAUCGCAUCAACCAGGGUCUAGCAGACAAGCUGGCCUACAUAGCGCAAGGGCUUGGCCUCUUCUUCUCGAGCUUCAUCAUCGCUCUGGCCGUUCAAUGGAAGCUUUCACUCAUCAUCAUGUCAAUUGUCCCCGCCAUCUUCCUGGUGACAGGAGGCUGCAUCGCAGUCGAUGCUAUUCAAGAGGCUCGCAUCGUCAGAAUUUACUCCAGGGCUGCCGUGAUGGCUCAAGAGGCCAUCAGUUCCGUCAAGACUGUUCACGCCUUCUGGGCUCAAGAAAAGAUCGCUGCCAAAUAUGACGUCUUUCUGCAAGAUGCAUGGAAAGAGGGCAAGAAGAAGAGUCCCAAUUAUGGAAUCCUCUUCUCCACCGAGUACUUCCUCGUCCUAGCUGGUACUGCCUUGGCCUUCUGGCAGGGCUUCCGCAUGUUUCAAAGCGGUGAGAUUGGCAGCGUGGGUACAGUUUUCACCGUGGUCCUGUCUGUCACGCUCGGUGCCACCGCCAUGUCCCUUGUAGCUCCUCAGAUCCAAAGCAUUACCAAUGCUUCAUCCGCUGCAGCAGAAUUGUUCUCCAUCAUUGACAAGAAAUCCGAGUUGGAUCCCCUGUCGAUCGAAGGCAAGCAGCCGCCCACAUGCCACGGCGAGAUCCAUGUACGCAACCUAUGCUUUGCAUACCCCUCGCGGCCUCAAGCCCAGGUUCUACACUCGCUUGAUCUGUCGAUUCCGGCUGGCAAGACCACUGCUCUGGUCGGUGCAAGUGGUUGCGGCAAGAGCACGCUCGUCGGCCUCCUCGAGCGUUGGUACGUUCCCACUAGUGGUGAGAUCUUACUGGAUGGUGUCGAUAUUAGCCAGUACAACACACAUUGGUUGCGCAAACAGAUCAGACUUGUCCAGCAGGAACCAGUCCUCUUCCGUGGUACCGUAUUUGAGAACGUUGCCAAAGGUUUCGUGGGUUCUCAACUCGAACUGUCUCAGGAUGAGCAGGUGAAGCUGGUUGAGGAGGCCUGCAAGUCCGCCAAUGCUCACGACUUCAUUGUCGAUCUUCCCAAUGGCUACCAUACCCAGGUUGGCGAGCGUGCAUCGAUGCUGAGUGGCGGUCAAAAACAACGCGUGGCAAUCGCGCGCAGCAUUAUAUCUGACCCUCGGAUCCUUCUAUUGGACGAGGCCACGAGUGCGCUGGAUCCCCGGGCAGAAAAGGUGGUUCAGGACGCACUGAAUCGUGUGUCAAUCAACAAGACAACCCUCAUCAUUGCACACAAGCUUGCUACUGUCAAGAAAGCUGAUAACAUUGUCGUCAUGAGCUACGGCAAAGUCAUCGAGCAAGGCACGCAUAACGAGCUGAUCGAUCGAGACGGUCAAUAUGCGUCACUUGUCAGAGCACAGGAUCUGGGUGGGGAUCAGGGCGAAGCUGACUUCACCAAGGAGCAGGAAGAUUCUGCUCUGGAACGACGUGCAACUCUCCAGCGCACUAAAUCAGAAGCCCGCUCUGUCGCCGAUGACGCCGAAGCUCAGAAUCUUGCCAAGGGUACACUUGACUUGUCGCUUCUCAGGUGUAUCUGGAUCAUGUUCUAUGAGCAGAAAGACCUAUAUUGGUGGUUCCUCCUGUCCAUGACAGGCUCUGUCAUCGGCGGUGGCACGUUCCCUGCUCAAGCGCUUUUGUUCUCCAGGCUCAUCAACGUCUUUACCCUGCAAGGCCAGGAGGCAAGCAACCAGGCGAACUUUUAUUCUCUCAUGUUCUUCAUUGUCGCGCUAGCGAACUUGUUCGCCUACUUCGCCAUCGGCUGGGCGUGUAAUCACAUCGGGCAAACUGUCACCAAAAGAUACAGGCUCGAGAUGUUCCAUCGCAUCCUGAACCUAGAUGCGGAUUUCUUCGAUCGACCGGAGAAUAGUUCGGGAUCGUUGACGUCGAAACUCUCCUCGCUUCCCACAGCUCUGCAGGAGUUGAUCUCUGCAAACAUCAUGCUCAUGUUCAUUGUCAUCGUCAAUCUAGUCUCGUCGUCGGCACUUGCCAUCGCCUUCGGCUGGAAGGUUAGUUAUGACCUAUCUUCUCCUGAGUUCUUCUCUAUGAUUCACAUGCUGACCACCGCAAAGUUGGGUCUUGUCGUUGUCUUCGGCGGACUUCCACUUCUCGUCAGCGCAGGCUUUGUCCGUAUCCGCCUCGAACAGAAGAACGAGAACGAAGUUGGCAAGCACUUCGCUGAGUCGGCUGCGCUCGCCACCGAAGCUGUGACCUCCAUUCGCACCAUAAGCUCGCUUACCCUCGAAAGCCGCAUCAUGGACGAAUACAACGCCACGUUGAGCGGCAUUGUGACUCGCUCAUCGCGCUCCCUGUUCUUCACCAUGUUCUGGUACGCCAUCUCCCAGUCUAUCGAAUUCCUCAUCAUGGCUCUUGGCUUCUGGUACGGCUCCCGCCUCCUCGCCAACGGUGAAUACAGCACACAGCAAUUCUUCGUCAUCUACAUCGCCGUGAUUUUCGGCGGUCAAGCCGCGGGUCAAUUCUUCGGCUACUCGACCUCCAUCACCAAGGCCAAAGUCGCCGCCAACUACAUUCUCUGGCUACGCACACUCAAAGCCAAGAUCGCCGAAACUCCCGAAAACAAAGGCAUCGGCCCCCUCUCCCGUCCCGGCGAUAAAGACGGUGCCCUCGCCGUCGAAGACGUCGAAUUCCGCUACGCGCAGCGCGACGCCGCCCGCGUCCUCCGCGGCAUCACUCUCGACAUCCCACCGGGCAGCUACGCCGCGUGCGUGGGGCCCUCAGGCUGCGGCAAAUCCACGCUCAUUUCCCUCCUCGAGCGCUUCUACGACCCCACCUCAGGCCGCAUCACCAUCUCCUCCACCGACAUCGCAUCCAUGUCGCCCCGCAACUGGCGCGCCUACAUGUCCCUCGUGCAACAAGAACCCACGCUGUACCAAGGCAGCGUGUCAGAAAACAUCUCCUUGGGCCUCUCCCACACCCCCAGCGAAACCGAGCUCCUAAGCGCGUGCCGCCAAGCCAACGCCCUGGAAUUCAUCCAGUCGCUGCCCGAAGGUCUCGCCACUCCCUGCGGCUCUAAAGGCCUGCAGUUCAGCGGCGGGCAAAGGCAGCGCAUCGCCAUCGCGCGCGCCCUGAUCCGCCAGCCGCGCCUGCUGCUGCUGGACGAGGCCACGAGCGCGCUCGACACGCAGAGCGAGCGCGUCGUGCAGACGGCGCUGGACCAGGCGACCAAAGACAGCAGUCGUACGACGGUGGCGGUCGCGCAUCGCCUCAGCACCAUCAGGCAUGCGGACGUGAUUUUUGUGUUUGCUGGGGGAAAGGUGGCGGAGAGGGGGACGCAUGAUGAGUUGUUGGCGCUGAGGGGUAGAUAUUUUGAGAUGGCGAGGGCGCAGAGUUUGGAUCGAGCUUGA